AUGUCGAAGGAUUUGUCGAGUAGCCCGAUAUUGCCGGUCAUAUCGUACUGCGCUUCGUCGAUUUUGAUGACCGUGACGAAUAAAUAUGUUCUAUCGGGUUUGGAUUUCAAUUUAAAUUUCUUGCUGCUGGCCACGCAGUCAAUCAUAUGUGUCCUGGCCAUCCAGACAUGUAAAUCAGCCGGAUGGAUCAACUUUCGCGACUUCAAUUCGGGCGAGGCGAAGAAAUGGUUCCCCAUAUCUCUCCUCCUCAUCGGCAUGAUCUACACAAGCACAAAGGCGCUGCAAUUCCUCUCCAUCCCCGUCUACACGAUCUUCAAGAACUUAACCAUCAUCCUCAUUGCCUAUGGCGAGGUUCUCUGGUUCGGCGGCUCAGUCACCGGCAUGGCAUUGCUAUCGUUCGGUCUGAUGGUGGUCAGCUCCGUCGUCGCCGCAUGGGCGGAUAUCCAACACGCGAUGGCAUCAUACGGCACCGCGAGCGAGCGAACCAACGACGCCAUCAGCACAUUGAACGCGGGUUAUAUCUGGAUGAUGCUGAACUGUUUCUGCACCGCGACCUACGUCCUGGGAAUGCGCAAGCGGAUCAAGUUGACGAACUUCAAGGACUUUGACACCAUGUACUACAACAACCUCCUCACCAUCCCCGUCCUCGCCGUCUGCACCCUCUUCCUCGAAGACUGGUCCGCCCACAACAUCGCGCGUAACUUCCCCCCUUCUCACCGCAUCCCCAUCCUCACCGCCAUGGUCUUCUCCGGCCUCUCCUCCCUCUUUAUCUCCUACACCUCCGCCUGGUGCGUGCGCGUCACCACCUCCACCACAUACUCCAUGGUCGGCGCCCUCAACAAGCUGCCCAUCGCCGUCAGCGGCCUCGUCUUCUUCGACGCCCCCGUCACCUUCGGCAGCGUCAGCGCCAUCGCUAUCGGCUUCGUCUCCGGGAUCGUGUAUGCGUGGGCGAAGGUGCUGCAGAACGCGAAGCGGGAUACCGUGUUACCGUUGACGCGGCCGAACAUGCAGAGCGCGAGCGCGAAGAGCAUGAGCGAGGGCCUGAAAGGAUGA